UUAUUAUCACCAUUCUUUGCUUUCUCCAUCGCACCAAAAGAAUAAUAAAAAAACGCUCUCUGUAUCUGAAUUUGCUCAUGAAAUUCGAACGAGAAAUUCAUCGCAAAUCAAUUUAGGAAUUCAUAUGUUGCAGGUAAACGAAGAAAUUCGUAGAAAUUUUUGGUUGUGUAAAGAGAUUUUUGUUAUGAAAUUAGCGUGAUUUUGAAGGAUUAGGUUUUCGAUUUCAUGGUGUGUAUGCUUAUAUAAGAUUAUCAUGAUGGUGGAGAACCCACGGCCACUACAGGCGCGUCCGUACGAGGAUCACGCGCCGCUGCAGUCGAUACGGAUGGUGAUGGAGGAGGAGGAGGACGACGAUGUAGACGGCGCAUAUGAGGAUGAUGGAGGGGAAGAGACUAUGGAUGAGGUGGAGGAUGUAAGCAUGAAGGUAUUGAACCACCAUCAAUAUGGAGGACAGAGCAAACAGUUGUACGGAGGAGCAGGUGGAGUUGUGGAAGUUUCUAGAACUAGUGAGCUUACUCUUGCUUUUGAAGGUGAAGUCUAUGUUUUCCCUGCAGUCACUCCUGAUAAGGUGCAAGCAGUGCUCUUACUAUUGGGGGGAUGUGACAUUCCUACUGCUGUGCCCACUGUUGAACUUCCAUUCGACAACAAGGUUGAGGAUUUGCCAAAGCAAGCUAAUCUUUCGAAAAGAUUUGCCUCUUUGGUUAGGUUCCGAGAGAAGCGAAAGGAGAGAUGUUUUGACAAGAAAAUUAGAUAUAGUGUCAGAAAAGAGGUCGCUCAAAGGAUGCAUAGGAAGAAUGGUCAAUUUGCAUCCUUGAAAUCAACUUCUGGAACUUCUAGCUGCGAUUCAGCCAAGAGUAGCCUUGAAGGAGAUGGCACACAACAUUCUGAAACUAUUCCUGGAAAGUGUCGCCAUUGUGGUGUGAGUGAAAAUUGCACACCAGCAAUGCGACGUGGGCCAUAUGGACCAAGGACACUCUGCAAUGCAUGUGGACUUAAGUGGGCAAACAAGGGAACAUUGAGAGACCUAAGCAAGGCAGGGAGGAAAAUUUCAGUUGAACCAAACGAACUGGGAACUCCUGACAAUCCCGUGAAGGCAUUUGCUGAAGGAUCCCUUGGUCAUUGUGCUGAUGUGGAAAAAGUAUGUUUUGGUUUUAACCUAUUCAGCUCUGGUAGCAAUCUUGCGAAUGAUAUUCCUGUGGGCAUCAUUAGUUCUUCUAGCAAUCUUGUUGAGCAGGAAACUCUAGUUGAUUUUGGAAAUGCUUCCAAAGCUGAGCUCGUCAUUCCUGCAAACUUUGACUAGUUGACUGCCUGUAAGUUGUUGUGACUUACCUGAUUGAAGUGAAAACCUUUCUGGAGAGACUACUAUUUCAAACUGACCCUGUUAAAUUUGGAAUGGUUGCUGUUGGUGUGUAAAAUUUGAUGGCUGUAAAUGAGUAAGUAAAGAUUAUUGGUGCCAAACCAAUCCAUACGAAGUGUGAUUAAUUGUGUCCUGUACAUCCCGAACUAUUUGGAAUUCUACACUUUUUGGUUGUAUAUAUAUGUAGUUUGACUCUGUAUAUUGGAACAAGUUGCUAAUACUGAUAAGGUGUCUUUGGUUUUCUGACUUCUUUAA